GUUCCAUCGGACUGUUCUCAUUUAGGUCGUAUGGCAACCAAUCGGCUACGAAUCCAAUAUAGGAUCCGAUGUAAAACCGCAUAUGAAAUUGAUUCAAACCUGAUUUGAAAAGUUCGGAUUAGUCUGUCCACAUAUCCCUGAGGGGAAAAAUGGAUUUGCGUCACUUUUUUUUGGUAAUGUAAACGUAGUCUAUUUAAAUUUAAGUAGGCAUACCCUAAAAGUAUAGGCUAUACAAGUCUUAAGAUUGGCAGAUUCUACUGCGCUUUUAUUUGUUAGAAUUGUUGUGGGGUUAAGUUUUUAAUCAAGUUAUUUUUUAUGAAAGGUCUGUAGGCUGAAAUAACUAGUUUUAACAAUGAUUCUGAAUUUGGGAACUGAAUGGCUAGGAAGCUAAUUGGUCCAGGCAAAUAAAUUUGGCAUGACUGACAGCUCGAACAGCAAAUCAGGUUCCUGAUGUUUUCGUUGUAAAUACGGAGUCGUAAACAUAUCCAGUGACGCGCUUUGUUAAUGAUUAUGACCAACAUUCAGGUAAAAUAUGUUCGGUUUUGUCAGCAUUUAGCUAGUACACUGAUUGUAAUUAUAAAACCUCGAAAAAGCACUGCGGACAUCUGUUAUGGAGCUGAAUGGCUACCACUGUGACGGUGAGGCUUGUCCGGAAACCGAAGAUGAGGAUACGACUGUGUCAAAGCAAUGCUGGGUCGAUGCGCCAUGUAGCAAUAUUGAGAGCGCGAAUAUGGAGAAUACCACGACCAGUGGAACAGUCCACCGAGAGCGGCGAGUGUCUAACUCGACCUCGUCGAGACAAAGGAUCGAUUCGCUGAAGAAAAACAGGCCGCCUUUCCCAUGGUUUGGCAUGGAUAUUGGUGGUACAUUGGUGAAGCUGGUCUACUUUGAGCCCAAAGAUAUCACUGCAGAGGAGGAGCAGGAGGAGGUCGAAAGUCUGAAAAGUAUCCGUCAUUACCUCACCUCCCACACAGCUUAUGGCAAAACGGGUAUCAGAGACGUGCACCUGGAACUUCCAGACCUUAUGCUGUGGGGCCGCAAGGGCAGCCUGCACUUUAUUCGUUUCCCCACACAGGAGCUCCCGGCAUUUCUGCAGAUGGGUCGGGAAAAACACUUCUCCAGUCUUCACACCACACUAUGUGCCACCGGUGGUGGUGCGUACAAGUUUGAGGCCGACUUCCGCACGAUGGCGGACCUGCAGCUUCUGAAGCUGGAUGAGUUGGACUGUCUGAUUAAGGGUGUCCUUUACAUUGAUUCGGUGGUCUCAAGUGGGCCUUCUGAGUGCUACUACUAUGAAAACCCCACAGAUACAGAGCACUGCCAACAGAAAGCCUAUAACCUUGAGAAUCCUUACCCUCUGCUACUGGUCAACAUUGGCUCAGGGGUCAGUAUACUGGCUGUCUACUCCAAAGACGACUACAAACGUGUUACCGGCACCAGCUUGGGUGGUGGUACCUUCCUGGGACUCUGUUGCUUGCUGACUGGCUGCUCUACCUUUGAAGAGGCACUGGAGAUGGCUGCAAGGGGGGAAAGCGCUCGUGUGGAUAAACUGGUCCGUGAUAUCUAUGGGGGUGACUAUGAGAGAUUUGGUUUGCCAGGGUGGGCUGUUGCCUCCAGUUUUGGGAACAUGAUGUGCAAAGAGAAGAGAGAUUCUGUCUCAAAAGAGGACUUAGCUAGAUCUACACUCAUCACCAUCACAAACAACAUUGGUUCUAUCACACGCAUGUGUGCACUCAACGAGAACAUUGAGAGAGUGGUGUUUGUUGGGAACUUCUUGCGGGUAAACACGCUGUCCAUGAAGUUGCUGGCUUAUGCUUUGGACUACUGGAGUAAAGGACAGCUCAAAGCCCUAUUUCUCAGACACGAGGGUUAUUUUUGUGCUGUUGGGGCGUUAUUGGAACUGUUGAACUCAUCCUGAUCAUCUCUGAUCAUCAUUUAAUACCUAAGGUCAUGACUGCCAGUAGCUUUGGAGAUUUAACACUUGCCUGAUCUGAUACGGACAUUAAAUCUCUGCCAUUGUCAUCCAUUCUGCUUGCUCCAGUUACUAGUAAAAGUCAGAUUUACCUUAUAGCCUUUGCCCGAGUCUGGACAAGUGCGAUCAUCUACCUACAUUGUGUAGGUAAAGAUUUACUUAACAGCCUUUAGCCUUUUAUCCAUGAACAGCAUGUAAUGGCAUUCAUCAUGACAUUUGAAUUAUUCUGACUUGUUUGUAAAGCUAUAAGCUACAAUUUGUGUAAGAUCUCACAUACCUUAAGGAACAAAUGCUGACUUUCAGUAGUCACUUGUUAGAGUGGGUGAUAUUCAUUACACAGUUAUAACACAUUAUCUUUGUGUGUCGGAUCAACAUUAUUAUGGUAUGUAGAUUUGUGAUGCACCAAGCUGGUCAGUACUUAUGUAAUUUUUUAUAAGAUGAAAUGGCAUUCAUAUGGACCCUUUAGUAUUUUCUCCUCUUUAACUUUUGUUAUAAUUUAUAUUAUGAGUUUGAGAACUUAGUAGAUUACUUGUAAUGUUAUUGACGCAACUGUUUACACAUGCUGUUUUCACUGAAAUAUCACAAUUUCACCGUUAUAUCCACAGUAUACAGCCACUGUAUAUUUGUUAUUUUUGCUUGAACAGGGCAUGUUAUACAGUAAUCACAUUGUACACAGUAGGCAGGAAAUGGAUUUAUGUUGAAAUUUAUUUCCAGAGCCUAUAAUUGGUAGCAAGUCCUGAACUCUUAGUGGAGCACAUUUCACAUUUUUUUCUCACUAGGUGUGUGUGAUCAUUUGAAUUUAACUGGUUUUUUGGGGGGUUUUUUGGGGUUUUUUGUUUGUUUGUUUUAAAACUAAUGAUUGAUUUUCCUCAUAUCUGCUUUAAGUUGUUUUCUCAGUCUUAAACUGUUCUGUCAACACACUCCCAAAAUAGUAGAAUUUUGAGGGAUUGCAUUUCUGUUUGGUUCAACUUUCCACAUUUACCUCUGUGCUAACCAACCUACUGUUGGCAGUACUUAUUUUCUUCCCAUAUCUUUUAAAAGGUUACUUUUUGUUGAAUUUUAUGCUGGAAGAGAUCAUGAACUGCAAUACACAGACUAUAUAAUUGCAUACCAGUGAUUAUUAGGUAGUAAUUUAAUAUGAAAAGUGCCUAAGUAAAAGUGCCUUGCCAAUGGGUGGCUUUUGUUACAGUGGGUGUAUUGUUUAAACCAGAAACCAGACUUUUUACUUUGUUUCUGAAUAUAGUUUUUUUUUUAUGUAAAUAUGCAAAAGACUCAUAUUUGCACAUUAUUAAAGACAUGUACACGUGACUGA